GACGUGGUGUGUCAUUUGAGGUUCGGCCAUUGACACGCCUCGGCCUUAUUAUCUCAAUGUCUGAAGUUUGAGGAAGUGUCAAAAUAAUAUUUCAAACAAAAAGUGUCAGCCAUGGACAAGCUUCGGCGGGUAUUAAAUGGCCGAGAAGAUAAUGAGGAACUGGGACUUACAGCGCAGGUCCUGGAUGCCUCCACGCUCAGUUACAGCACAAGGAUCAAAUGGUUCAUCAUAUGCUUCGCCUCCGGAGUCCUGUGCUCCAUCCUUGGCACUGCACUACUUUUCCUGCCCAAAGGAUUGCAGCUGUUUGCAGUAUUUUACACCUUAGGAAACAUUGCAGCUCUAGCUAGUACCUGUUUCCUGAUGGGCCCACUGAAACAGCUGAAGCGCAUGUUUGAGCCGACAAGACUCAUAGCCACCUGUGUCAUGCUGCUGUGCCUUGUCCUGACCUUAUGCUCAGUCUUUUGGUGGCAUAAAAAGGGACUGGCUAUCAUCUUCUGCAUUUUACAAUUCUUAGCUAUGACAUGGUACAGCAUCUCAUACAUUCCUUUUGCUCGGGAUGCAGUCAUAAAGUGCUUCACUUCCUGUUUGAGCUAAAGCUGCUUUUCCCAGCAAUCCAUGUAAUGUCCACCCAAAAUAAGCAUUAAAAAUAUACAUAGUAAAUAUGUAAAAUAUUUUACUGCAAAGAUUUUCAUUUCUUUUCUGCUAAUAUAAGCCUUAUAUAAGCCAUAAUUUACAAUAUUGAAAUAUCAGAUGUCCUAUUAUUUUGCAUUAAAAUAAACAUUCAUCGAAGAUUACUUUUUUUUUGUAGUAUUUUUAUGUAUGUGUUCUGGGUCAAUGAAAGGUAUGUGCCCUAAAUGAACAAAUAUUUAAGAGUGAUUUGUGGUGAGAACCUGCUGUUGGAAGUGCCAAAACUGUGCCUUAUUUCUCUGUCUUAAGUUGUACAUUAAAUGCAACAAUUUGUGUAUUUUACACACAAUCUUUUUUUUAACCAUUUACAGAGUAAACUGUCUAACACUGCACUUCUUGUAAUAAAUGCAAUUAUUCUCUA